UCUAUUUAACAAAACACAAACACUCUCUACAUAAAGGAUCUAGAUCUAAUAGACCAAAAGAACGUUGGUUUUAAUAAACAUAUAUUUACUAUUAUUUGAAAAAAAAGUAGUUUUUUUCAAAUAUCAAAAGUUUUAUAAGGAGGGUAUGGAAGCCUGCAUUGGAGAUCAAAAAUCAGAGAUGCAGGGAACCAGACCACUAAUGGCUUCAAUACUACUUUUACUUAGUCUCAUAUACUUGAAUUUGAAGGGGUGCUCUUCCCAAAGUUCUCCUCCCAACUUCACCAGGAAUGACUUCCCUUCAGACUUUGUCUUUGGAGCAGGAACUUCAGCUUAUCAGGUUGAAGGAGCAGCGGCUGAAGAUGGAAGGAGUCCAUGCAUUUGGGACACUCAUGCUCAUGCAGGGAAGAUGCCAGACAAGAGCACAGGAGAUAUUGCUUCAGAUCAAUACCAUAAAUAUAAGGAAGAUGUGAAGCUCAUGAGUGAUACUGGAUUGGAAGCAUAUAAGUUCUCCAUCUCUUGGUCAAGACUUAUCCCAAAUGGUAGAGGUGAGGUUAAUCCGAAAGGACUGGACUACUAUAAUAAUCUCAUCAACGCACUGAUUGAAAAAGGAAUUCAGCCGCAUGUUAUGCUUUAUCAUCAGGACCUUCCUCAAGCACUUGAAGAUGAAUACAAUGGCUGGUUGAGUCCUAGAAUAGUGAAUGAUUUCACUGCAUAUGCAGAUGUGUGCUUCACAGAAUUUGGAGAUAGAGUGUCUCAUUGGACAACCAUGGCUGAAGUAAACAUCAUGGCAAUAGCAUCUUUUGAUAGUGGAUUGUUUCCACCACAAAGAUGUUCAUAUCCAUUUGGAGUCACCAACUGCACUGCAGGAAAUUCAAGCACAGAGCCAUACAUUGCCGUUCACAAUGCAUUGCUUGCUCAUGCUUCAAUUUUUCAUUUAUACAAAACAAAAUACCAGGCUUUUCAACAUGGUUGGAUAGGCUUGAAUAUCUACACAGCGUGGUAUACUCCAUACUCCGACACCAAAGCUGAUAUUCAAGCAACAAAAAGAGUAAGAGACUUCAGGUUGGGAUGGAUUGUAGAUCCAUUGGUGUUUGGGGACUAUCCAAAGACAAUGAAGACAAUAGUGGGAUCAAGACUCCCAGUUUUUACCAAAUCUCAGUCAGAGUAUUUGAAAGGCUCAUUUAAUUUUAUUGGUUUGAAUUACUAUAGUUCUGCCUUUGUUGCUGAUAAUUCUGUUGAGGCUCUUGCAAUGCACAUUAGAGACUGCAGUAGUGACAUGCUUGCUACUCUCACAGUGUCAAAGAAUGAAACACCAAGUGGCAAGUACAUUCCAUCAUCAAUUCCAUAUCAUCCGGAUGGGCUGAGAAAAAUGCUGGAAUAUUUCAAGCAAAGAUACAAAAACCCUCCCAUUUAUAUCCAAGAAAAUGGUUGUGGACUUGGCUUGGAAGACACAAUGAAUGACACUUACAGAAUUCAUUAUUUGAAUGGUCACAUUCGAAGUACUUUGGAAGCUAUCAGGAAUGGAGCAAAUGUGAGAGGAUACUUUAUGUGGUCAUUUAUGGAUGUUUUUGAGUUAUUGGAUGGAUAUCAAUCAAGAUUUGGACUCUAUUUUGUGGAUUUUGAUGAUAAAGAGCUCAAAAGAAUUCCCAAAUUAUCAGCACAUUGGUACUCAAAUUUUCUCAACGGAAUAAACAUCAAGGAAAUACAGGGAGUUCACAAUGUUCUUGAUUUUGAUUCAAAGUGAAUCAGCUCAUCUUGAAGAUUGAUCCUUGUUCUCAUGGUUUAGUUUU